ACUAGCCAAAAGACCAAAACAAGAAAGAAAAUGACUUUAAAAAGAAAGCUCCGGCAAACAAGUACUUAGAGGGACACCACCUCCAACCGAAAUGCUUUUUCUCCACACAACUCUGUGACUGUUUAGUCAUUGAACAUAGAGCCAUAUACCAAUUUACCAGACCAUUACUUUUAUAGGACCCCAUUUUCCUUUUUUCUUUCUUGCUUUCUUUCAAAUCCAAACACAGCUCAAAACAAAGAAGAAAAGAACAAAGUGAGUAAUGGCAGCCAAAUAUUAGAAAAUUCCCCCCCUUUGCUUUGGAGACUGCAAGAAGUGCAAGCUUGCUCCCAACUCUCAAAGCUGUAUUCUUUCUAAUGCCAAAAAAUAUUGCUCCUUUCUGCAAAAUCCCCACAACCCCAUAAACCAAAACACAUGCUCCUCUUCUUAUUUCUCCAUAACUUUCCUUAUAUAAUUUACCAACCCCACUACUUCCUUCUCCUCCUCCUCCUUCAUACUACUACUACUACUACUAAACUUUCUUAUAUUUCUCAACUUCUUUGUACUCCUUGUAUGUUUUCUUGAUUUGGGUAGUUCAAGAACUUAGCAAAGAUGAUAACUUUAUCUGAUUUCUACCAUGUUAUGACUGCUGUUGUCCCACUUUAUGUGGCUAUGAUACUAGCUUAUGGCUCUGUCAAAUGGUGGAAGAUUUUCUCACCAGACCAGUGUUCUGGUAUCAACAGAUUUGUAGCACUUUUUGCUGUUCCACUUCUCUCAUUCCACUUUAUUGCUGCUAAUGAUCCUUACACUAUGAACUUAAGAUUCAUUGCUGCAGACACUUUGCAGAAACUUAUGGUUCUUGGGGCUCUUGCUGUUUGGGCUAACUUCAGCAAAAGGGGUAGCUUGGAAUGGAGCAUAACACUCUUUUCUCUAUCAACUCUACCAAAUACUUUGGUUAUGGGUAUUCCUUUGUUAAAGGGAAUGUAUGGGGACUUCUCUGGGAGUUUGAUGGUGCAAAUAGUUGUACUACAGUGUAUCAUUUGGUACACUUUGAUGCUUUUUAUGUUUGAGUUUAGAGGUGCAAGAUUGCUAAUCUCUGAGCAAUUUCCAGAUACUGCUGGCUCAAUUGUCUCUAUCCAUGUUGAUUCUGAUGUCAUGUCAUUAGAUGGAAGACAAGUUUUGGAAACUGAAGCAGAAUUAAAAGAAGAUGGGAAGCUUCAUGUCACUGUAAGAAAAUCAAAUGCAUCAAGGUCUGACAUAUUCUCAAGAAGGUCACAGGGAUUUAGUUCUACUACUCCAAGGCCAUCAAAUUUGACAAAUGCUGAGAUUUACUCUUUGCAGUCUUCAAGAAACCCAACUCCAAGAGGGUCUAGUUUCAACCAUACUGAUUUUUACUCAAUGGUUGCUGGUGGAAGGAACUCAAACUUUGGUGCAAAUGAUGUUUAUGGUAUGUCUAAUAAUUCAAGAGGGCCAACUCCGAGACCUUCAAAUUAUGAGGAGGAAAGUGGGAAAUCAAGAUUCAACAAUUACCAUGGUGGAGCAGCAGCAGCACAAAGUAAUAACACUCAUUAUCCAGCUCCAAAUCCUGGCAUGUUCUCACCUAGUAGUGGAACAAAAGCAAUCAAGAAAGGUAACAACAAGGGAGAAGAAGCUGGCAAGGAUCUUCAUAUGUUUGUUUGGAGUUCAAGUGCCUCUCCUGUUUCUGAUGUUUUUGGAGGACAUGAUUAUGCAGCUAAUUUAGACCAGCCUGCACCUAAUAAGGAUGUGAGAGUACCUAUCUCUCCUGGAAAAGUUGAGGGGCAAAGAAACAAUAAUCAAGAAAACUACAUGGAGAGGGAUGAUUUCAGCUUUGCAAAUAGAGAUGGAGCUGAUCAAAUGAACAAUCAAGAUGGUGAAAAAGCUGGAGAAAACAAAGCAAAAGUCAUGCCACCAACAAGUGUAAUGACAAGGCUUAUACUCAUCAUGGUUUGGAGGAAACUUAUCAGGAACCCAAACACUUACUCUAGCUUGUUUGGCCUCACUUGGUCUCUAGUUUCAUUCAGGUGGAAUUUGAAGAUGCCUGCUAUAAUUGCACAGUCCAUAUCUAUACUGUCAGAUGCAGGACUUGGCAUGGCAAUGUUCAGUCUCGGUCUGUUCAUGGCUUUGCAACCAAGGAUCAUAGCAUGUGGGAAUUCUGUUGCAGCUUUUGCUAUGGCUGUGAGAUUCCUUGCAGGUCCAGCUGUUAUGGCAGCUGCUUCCAUUGCUGUUGGUCUUCAUGGAACUCUAUUACACGUGGCAAUUGUACAGGCAGCUCUACCCCAAGGAAUUGUCCCUUUUGUCUUCGCUAAGGAAUACAACGUUCAUCCUGACAUUCUCAGCACAGCUGUCAUUUUUGGGAUGUUGAUUGCCUUGCCGAUUACACUGGUCUACUACAUUUGUAUGGGACUUUGAAGAGGGGAAUUAAUUAAUUCCAUGCAUCAAAUUAAUAUUAGUGCAGCCAUUGGCAUGGAGAUCGAAAAAGCUCACAAUUUUUUUGUGUAUUGAAAAGAGCUGUAACAAAGUGAUGAGGAAAAAGCAAGCUAGCAGAGGGGGAAAGGGAAAAAGAUGUGUUCUAGCUUUAAUUAGAUGAAACGUAAUUAAUUAAGUCUCCCUCAUUCAAAUGUCUUAAUGGGUUGUCUCUUUGGUACGUACGUAGUCAAGUUGUAAAAUCAUGUUUAAUUUAAUGAUUAGCAGGAAAAAGAAAAUUUUGAUUCCUA